AUGAACUCUUACAUUUUAACACAAAUUGUUGCAAUCUCGUCAUCCUUCUGGCUGUCAGGCGAAAUAUUUACCUACUCUUGGGGCGCAGUGCCUGCAGUCUUGGUGGCCACUCCAACCUCCCAGCAUUUAGCUGCAAAACAAUGGGUCGCAUUUUACCACAGAGGGCAUGCGUUGGGCCCGUCUUUCGCCAUCCUGGGAGCAGGGAGCUUUAUUUGGUUGGCUUUGAAGUCACAUUGUUCGUUGUACUGGGGGGCUGCAAUUCUCGAUAUUGGUAUCAUUCCAUGGACUCUUCUUUUCAUGUUACCAACCAACUCGAGCAUAUUCAAGUUUGCGGACAUGAAAAACUUGUCGGAAAACGCGGUCCGUGAUGAAGCACAAUUGGCUUCCCUGCUGAACAGAUGGGCGAGUCUCAACACCAUUCGCUCGCUUUUACCAUUUGCGGGUGGAAUUAUGGGAUUGCUAGCAGCCUUGGGCUAA